ACGAACGUCGUUUUGAAACUUUUAGGCUAAAAUAAAAAUUCACAAUUGGUUCGCAUGCUCAAAGCCUCGUAAUAGGAAAACCUUAACUUCAAGAGCAGAGUUCUCAGUCUCUGUCUUCUGUGAAUCUAUUACUAGCUCAAAUUCCUCCUUCAAUUGAAAGAAGUGUGGAAUAUGAAGCGAAAGAGAGGGAACAAGAAAGGCAAGCAAAAAGGCCAUCCUGUUGCUGCCGCAAAUGAGGCAGCUGUAAAUUUAGUUAGUUUGGAUAGGGAAGAUAAUUCUGCUGCAGAUGAGUAUGGUGAUGAUGAUGACAAUAAUAAUAAUAAUAAUAACCAUAAUCAUAAUAAUGAAGAAUAUGAGUCUGGAAUGGAGAUUGAUACACCUUCUUCCACUGGUACAGACCAGCCGUUGAAUCUUGCUAGUAUCAACCCUGAUGGUUCGAUUGACAAGACUGCAGGGAAGUCAUUUGGGCGCGUUAAGGUUAAGCUCAAGACUUCGAAGGUGUUAGAAUCACAGAGCGAUACUGAUAAGAGUAGCCCACAACUAGGUUUGGAUAAACAAGGUCUGUUUAGUGAUAAAAUUGAAGAUACUGGCAACUCACUAUCUGAAACUAGACAUGGUGUUCCUGGAAAUGUGUCAAAAAAACCUGGAAGUAUAAAGAUUAAGUCGUCAAAGGUGCUGGGUGGAUUGAGUGUGGAGAAGAGUGGUAGCACUGUAAUGGUGAAGGCUGAUGGUUUACAACAAAAGGAACCAAAGACACCUCAUCAAGAAUCUCAAUAUAACAAGCAAGAGUUAGACUCUGCCUUGUCGGUGAUUAAGAAGGUAAUGAAAAUGGAUGCAGCUGAACCCUUCAAUGUUCCUGUGAAUCCUGAAGCUCUAGGAAUACCUGAUUAUUUUGACAUCAUUGAUACACCAAUGGACUUUGGAACAAUAUGCAGAAAUCUUGAAAAAGGUGAUAAAUAUAGGAAUUCAGUGGAUGUUCAUAAAGAUGUUCAAUACAUUUGGGACAACUGUUAUAAGUACAACAAUAAAGGUGACUAUAUAUUGGACCUCAUGAGACGGGUGAAGAAAAAUUUUAUGAAGUAUUGGACUGCAGCUGGUUUAUUCACUGAACAAGCAAGAGGUUCCAAUGGUGCUGAAGGCACUCAAAUGGAGGAUGCUGGAGCAUCAAGUCAGGGAUAUGGUAAAAGUGGUCAAUCUAAACAGAAGACAAAAAAGCGUCAUGGAAGGCGCCACAAACAUGAUUGCCUUUGUGCCAUAUGUGUUUUAAAGCGCCGUAGAAGAGAGCGUGAGGAGAAUGCUCGACUUGCUAAAGGUCAGAUUGGAGUCACUGAUAACAAACUUGCUCCGGAGUUGAAGCAAGAGGGAUCUUCACUUGUGGAAAGUCCUGGAGGUGAAGAUUCAUCAUCAAAUAUGGAUGAAUCAAUAGAUCCAGAUGGAGAUGCUGAGGUGGAAGGAAAGGGACCAGAGGUGAAAGUAGAGGAUCCUGAGCAGCGAUAUGGCUCUGUCAAAGAGAAGCAUGAGGCAGAGGAGGAUGGGGAUGAUGAGGAAGAGGAGGAAGAAGAGGAAGAGAAUGAGAUGGAGAUUCAAAAGAAAGGGAAGGUUGAAACAUCAGAGCAAUCAGAGUUUGCUGAUAGAUCAGGAGAGGAGCCCAAUCAACAAUCUCAACCUGGACUAGCAGAGAAUGCAGGUGCGGUGGGCCAAACACAUCCUGAGAAGGGACAUGCAAUAGGGCAGCAUGAGGAAGUAACUCCAACAGUUGAGCAAAAUAAGAAUAAGGAAUCACAAGAAAAACACAAGGCUAUAAUGUUUGAGAAGUUUGAUUCUGAAAAUCCAAUGCUUCUGAGUCUGUGCAGAACUCUGUUUCCUGACAACCAUAAAUCUGUAUGGACUGGGCCUCACUCACUGUUUCAGCGUGAAGGUUCUACUCGUGGAAGUUCUAUUCAUGCUGCCAUUGAAACUUUGAUGUAGGUAGUUUUUGAUAACUUAUCAUUGCCCUACAAAGGAUCUGAAGCUAUCUUAUGGCUGUCUAUAUCAAAUAUAACGUUCCAGGGUGGCGUGUUUGAUAUGCAUGCUUAGAUACAAAUGGAAUUUCUGGUAGUUAGCGGUACUUGUCAACUGAGGAUAAUCUUCUCUGGUAAAGUUAGGGUGGAAUGACAUACCUCAAGAUCGACAAAAUGACCUUGAUUUACAAUCUGAGUCUGCAUGUUUUAGUUAUCUUUUGGUGAUGUGGGAAGAUACAAUGGUAUUUCUUAUUGUGAAAAGUGAAAACACAUUCAUAUUAGAAGCUGUAAUGACUUCAUGUUGAGCAAGGAUUCUUAUAGGGUAUUAUUGCUGGAAACAGCAACUUGUACAACUGUAUAUAGUUCAUCCUUCUUAUUUCCAUGCA